UCUUAUAACCAAAAGAAGAGAGAAAAAUGGCUUCAUCAAAUCUAUUAGCGAUUAAGCUUUUUUCAUUCAUGGUGCUAUUCGCAAUAUCACAUGCUCAAUCCUUUUCUCCAGGUCGGAAACUAUUGCAGUACAUUCCUACUACGAAGUAUCCCCCGGAGAUGCCACCGGCGUACUCUCCUACUCCGGAGCUGCCACCAUCGUACACUCCAACUCCGGAGUUUCCACCGUCGUACAAUCUUGCUCCGGAGCUCCCUCCGUCGUACUUUCCUACUUCGAAGUUCCCAUCAUCGUACACUCCAACGCCGGAGCUUCCACCAUCGUACACUCCAACUCCAGAGCUGCCACCAUCGUACACUCCAAGUCCGAAGUCCCCACCACCGUCGUACAAUCCUACUCCUGAGUUCCCUCCAUCGUACUCUCCAACUCCGGAGCUGCCACCAUCGUACAUGCCUACGCCAGAGCUUCCUCCGCCGUAUUUUUCUGCUCCUCCACUAGCGCCUUAUUAAUCCAAAUUAUGGCGGUCCAUGCAUGAGAAUUUAAAGUUGGUCACACACACUAUCACACAUGAAAUAAACAAGGAUAUUGCUUUUACAAUUAUCAAAAAAAAAUAUACUGUAUACUUCAUUUUGAUCACCCUUUGCUAGCGAAUAAAAAAUGUUGCUCGAUGA